AUGGCCAUAGCUCUUCUUCUCUCUCUCUUCUUUCUCUCUCUCUUCCACCCUUUACAUUCUUCCACAGACUCAUUCAUCUAUGGCGGAUGCUCACAGAUCAAAUACUCACCUGGUUCACCAUACGAGUCCAACCUCAACUCACUCCUCACCUCGCUAGUCAACUCAGCCACCUAUUCAUCCUACAACAAAUACAGCAUCUCUGGUUCCACCCAACAAGACGUAAUCAACGGUAUAUACCAAUGUAGAGGUGACUUAGCCAUGCCCGAUUGCGCCACCUGUGUCGCGAGGGCGGUGAGUCAACUUGCCCCAUUGUGCUCACAAUCAUGCGGUGGCGCCUUGCAGUUAGAAGGGUGUUUUGUGAAGUAUGAUAACACUAGUUUUAUUGGGGAUGAAGAUAAGACGGUGGUGAUGAAGAAAUGUGCGCCGUCUGCUGGGUAUGAUCCGGCGGUUAUGGGGCGGAGGGAUGCGGUGUUGGCGAGCUUGGGUUCGGCCGGUGGGCUGUACAGGGUUGGUGGAUCGGCGGAUGUUGAAGGUGUGGCUCAAUGUGUGGGGGAUUUGAGCACCGGAAAAUGUCAAGAUUGUGUGACGGAGGCGAUCGGACGGUUGAAAACCGAUUGCGGUGGCGCCGUGUUCGGUGAUAUGUUUCUUGGCAAGUGCUACGCGAGGUAUUCCACGAGCGGAGCUCAUGCUUAUGCUAGAUCACAUCAUGAUGACCAUGACGAAGCCGAGAAGACGUUUGCAAUAAUAAUCGGAUUAUUAGCUGGUGUUGCACUCAUCAUCAUUUUCUUAACUUUCAUGAGAAAAGCUUUUGGCCGAAACGGUAAAUAAAUGAAAGCUUUAUCAAAAGUUGAAAGGGUUGCAUGCAUGGCCUCCCACCCUCACCAUCUUUUAUGUUUCAAUUGCUUUUGCCUUUUCCUUUAUCAUCUCAAC